CAUAUCAAGCUUAGAUAGCUUGCUAACCUUACGUGAGAUUCAAUUCAGUGAACGUAGCGUCUUAUUUAAAUUGAGUCAGUCUGUAGUAGUACUCUAAAGAUAGAAGAAAGACUGACACACCACGUGUUUUCACCUUAGUCACUCAACAUGAUAGAGUGGUGGUUUAAGUUGGCUCUCUUGGGUGACGCUUCCUGGAACUUUGACAAAUAUGAAAUUUGUUCACUGAACAAACCGAAACCCUGACUAAUGUUUGCUCAGCCACGCUAGGAACCACAACCUUUUAGGGCCGAAGGAAGUCCAAGAUGUCCAAGAUUGAGAAGAUGAGUAUCCUGGGAAUCAGGAGCUUUGGAGUGCAGGACAAAGACAAGCAGGUGAUCACGUUUUUCACGCCCAUGACCGUGCUGGUCGGACCCAACGGAGCAGGCAAAACGACCAUCAUCGAGUGUCUGAAGUACAUCACCUCUGGAAACUUUCCCCCAGGAGCCACAGGUGCAAAUUUUGUUCACGAUCCCAAGGAUGCCCAGGAGACCGAUGUACGUGCUCAGAUCCGUCUGCAGUUCCGGGACAUGAAUGGAGACUUUGUGGCCGUGCAGCGGUCCAUGAUGUGCUCGCAGAAACGGAAGAAGGUCGAGUUCAAGACCCUGGAGGGAGUCAUUACCAGGAUGAAACAUGGAGAGAAAGUCAGCAUCAGCUCAAAGUGCGCUGAGAUCGACCGCGAGAUGAUCGCCGGGCUCGGCGUCUCCAAGGCCAUCCUCAACAAUGUCAUUUUCUGCCACCAAGAGGACGCCAACUGGCCGCUCAGCGAAGGGAAAGCCCUGAAGCAGAAGUUCGAUGACAUAUUCGCAGCCACAAAGUACAUAAAGGUGCUGGAUGCAGUGAAGCAGCUGCGUGUGAAGCAGGGGUCUGUGGUCCGCGAGUGCGAGACGGAGCUCAAGUACCUGAAGCUGAACAAGGACAAGGCUCAGGAAAUCCGUGACCUGCUGGCCAGCAAGGAGGAGCUGCUGGCAACGUCAGUAGACAGCGUGGAGCGCAUUGCCAACCAGAUCACUCCUCUGGAGAACCAACUGCUGGAGAUUGAUGAUAAGCUGGGCAAUGUGAUGGCUCUAGAUAACAACAUCAAGGCCCUGGAGAGCAGGAAGAAACAGAUGGAGGAGGACAACCGAGAGCUGGAGGAGAAGAUGGAGCAGGUUUUCCAAGGGUCAGACAGUGAGCUGCAGGACAUGUAUGAGAAUCACCAGCACCUGGUGAAGGAGAAGGAGCGCCGGCUGGUGGAGCAGGAGAAGGAGCUACACCGCGCCGGACGCGAGUGCCAGAGGCUCACCAACGCCAAAUCAGAGUUGCUGGUGGAGCAGGGUCGUCUCCAGCUUGAGGCUGACCGACACGCCCAGAGCCUGAAGAACCGCGACGCCCAGGUGCGCUCUAUGGCCUCGACGCUGGAGCUGGAGGGCUACGAGCGAGCGCCCUUUAACAGGCAGCAGAUCCAGAGCUUCUACCAGCAGGUGGAGGACAGGCAAGAGCAGGAGACUGAGGCCCUCAGACAGGUCAUGAGGGAUCUGCAGGAGCGGGAGGCCCAGAAGCAGCAGAGUCUGGACGAGAUUCGGGACAAGCGCACGGGCCUGGAGCGCACCAUCGAGCUGAAACGCGACCUCCAGAGCAAGAAGCAGCAGGAGUUCCGCGCCGUCAAUCAGGAGCUGCAGCGGCUGGAGGGCUCGUCUGGGCGCCUGCAUGACCUGGAGGCCCAGCUGGCCAAAGCGGAGCAUGAGCUUGACAGUGCGGUGCGUAACUCCUCUGUGGACAGCAUGCGUGUGGAGCUGGAGGAGCUGCAGAGGGAGAAGGUCGAGCUGGACCGCAAGCAGAGGCAGCUGGACCUGGAGAUGAGUAGCCUCAACACACACACCACCGCCCGCACUCAGAUGGACAUGCUCAAGAAAGACAAGGUGGAUAAGGAGGAGCAGGUGAGGAAGAUCAAAGCCAGGCACAGCGAGGACCUGGUGGCCCUAAUGGGACACUUCCCUAGCAAGAGAGAGCUGGAGGACUGGAUCUUCUCCAACUCCAGGGAGACCAACUCCACCCGAGAGAAACUGGCCAAACUCAACAAGGAGCUGGCCUCCGGAGAGCAGAACAAGAGUCACUGUGCGACUGAGAUCCGCCAGAAGGAGCAGCAGCUGGCCAGCUACGAGGAUAAGCUCUUCAGCGUCUGCGGCAGCCAGGACCUGCAGGCCGACCUCAACAAGCUCCAGGAGGACAUUGAGAAGAGCUCCAAGCAGAGAGCCAUGCUGGCGGGUGCCACGGCCGUGUACUCUCAGUUCAUUAGCCAGCUGACCCAGCCCGAGGAGGCGGAGCCCUGCUGCCCCGUGUGCCAGCGCAUCUUCCCCUCUGACAAUGACCUGCAGGAGGUCGUCAACGACAUGCAGUCCAAGCUGCGCCUGGUGCCCGACAAGCUCAGGAACACCGAGCAGGACCUGAGGAAGAGGGAGCAGAGGCGCGACGAGAUGAUCGCCCUGAAGCCCGUCAGGCAGUCGAUCGUAGAACUGCAGGAGAAGGAGUUUCCCACUCUACGGAACAAACUCCAGAGCAUCAACCGGGAUGUUGAGCGCCUUAAGGGGGACAUCGAAGAGCAGGAGACGCAGCUUUCCCUGCUCAUGUCCAAAGACGACACGGCCAAGGCAUGUCAGUCCGACAUCUCUCUCAUGGACCGCUACCUGAUGGACCUGAAGGAUGUGGAAAGAAAGAUAGCUCAGCACGCUGCCAAGCUCCAGGGAGUGGACCUGAGCCGCACCAUGCAGCAGGUCAGCCAGGAGAAACAGGAGACCCAGCAUCGGCUGGACACCACAUCGAGUAAGAUGGAGCUGAAGCGCAAGCUGAUCCAGGACCAGCAGGAGCAGAUUCACAAUCUGAAGAGUAACGUGAACGAGAUCAGGGCAGAGAAGCUUCAGAUCAGCAGCAACAUGCAGAAACAGAAGCAGCUGGAGGAGCAGUGUGUGGACUUCACCACCGAGAUCCAGGCCCUCACCAGAGAAAUAAAAGAAGCCAGGGAGCAGGUGUCCCCACUGGCUACCACUCUGGAGAAGCUGCAGCAGGAGAAGCAAGAGCUGAUGGCUCGUCGUUCACAGAGGCAGAACGAGGGCCAGGAUAAGAUCAAUGCAAUUAAGGACAAAAUGAAAAACAUAAUGACACUGGAACGAGAAAUCAAGACGUAUGUUGACAAGGGGAAAGAAGAGUACAAAGAGCAAAAAGAAUCAGAACUUCAGGAGACAAACACAAAACUUUAUGAAGCGGAGACACUUCGAGAGAAGAUCAACAAAGAAAUGGCCAGCAUCAGACAAGACAUAGAUACACAAAAGGUCCAGGAACGCUUGCUGCAAGAUAAUCUCACCUUUAGGAAGCGCGGUGAGCAACUUAAAGAGGUUUCGAAACAGCGAGAGGCUCUUCUGAAGGAAAUGGGAAGCAUGAGAGUCAUGGAGCUCCGCCAACAACGGAAAGAGCUGGAGGACAAGCUGGAAGAGCUGAAGAGAAAACGUAGCGUGACACUGGGACGACAGAACGGCUUCAAGGAGGAGAUCAUCCGCUGCCAGAAGGAGCUCCGUGAAGACCAGUACCGGCACGCCGUGGAACGCUUCAGGGACAAGAUGAUCGUCAUGAGAACAACUGAGCUCAUCAACAAAGACUUGGAUAUCUACUACAAGGCCCUAGAUCAAACAAUAAUGAAGUUCCACAGCAAGAAGAUGGAGGAGAUAAACAAGAUCAUCCGGGAUCUGUGGAGAAACACCUACCGAGGACAAGACAUCGAGUACGUGGAGAUCCGCUCAGACAUGGAUGAGAGCGAGUCUGCCAAGUCAAAGAGACGGAUCUAUAAGUAUCGCGUGGUGAUGGUGAAGGGAGAUACCGCGCUUGACAUGAGAGGUCGCUGCAGUGCUGGGCAGAAGGUCCUGGCUUCACUCAUCAUCCGGCUGGCUCUGGCAGAAACCUUCUGUCUUAACUGUGGCAUCCUGGCCCUGGAUGAACCCACCACCAAUCUGGACCGUGAGAACAUCGAGUCUCUCGCUCAUGCCCUUAUAGAAAUCACAAAGAUUCGCCAGAAGCAACGCAACUUCCAGAUGCUUAUCAUCACCCACGACGAAGACUUUGUGGAGCUGCUGGGCCGUUCAAACUACAUGCAGCAUUUCUACAGAAUAAAGAAAAAUGUCGAGCAGUGCUCAGAGAUCACAAAGUGUGAUAUCUCCUCUGUCAAUACUUACCUGCAUUAAAAAGACUGCAAAACUA